CGGGAUACCGAUGAUGCUAGCUCUACCAUGGGCAGUGUCACUCUCCGCUACUUCUGCUAUGGCUGCCUUUUCACGUCAUUGACGUGGUCCGUCUUACUUUUCCUUUACUUCAGCCUGAGUCAGGAGAGCCGUCUGUCCUCCAGCCAUGUGCCCAUCAAGGGGGUGCAACACCGCUUCCAGCCCCGCUUCACCCACCGCCCCGCCCCGCCCAACAGGGCGCACGGGCAUGGCCGUGGUGACCUCUCCCGAGAUGGGAAUGAUUUACAAUGAGAAGGACCAGGAAGUGAGGGAUACGGGAUACCACAGACACGCCUUCAACAUCCUCAUCAGCAACAGGAUUGGGUACCACCGAGACCUGCCUGAUACCAGGAAUGAAAAGUGUAAGGUUAAGACGUAUCCAUUGGCGUUACAGACGGCCAGCGUGGUCAUCUGCUUCUUCAACGAGGCCUUCUCUGCCCUGCUUAGGACCGUGCACAGCGUCCUGGACCGAACUCCUAGUUACCUCCUGCACGAGAUCAUUCUGGUGGACGAUAACAGCGAGCUGGAUGACCUAAAGCAGGAUUUGGAUGCAUACAUUCAGACUCACCUGCCAGACAAAGUGAAGUUGGUGCGCAAUAAUAAGAGGGAAGGACUGAUCAGAGGGAGGAUGAUCGGCGCAUCACAUGCUACAGGCGAGGUCUUGGUGUUCCUGGACAGUCACUGUGAGGUGAACGAGGCGUGGCUGCAGCCUCUACUGAGCCCGAUUAAAGAGAACCGCCGCACGGUGGUGUGUCCCGUCAUCGACAUCAUCAGCGCCGACACGCUGCUCUACAGCCCCCCCAUCGUCAGAGGAGGCUUUAACUGGGGGCUGCACUUUAAAUGGGACCCUGUCCCUGUGUCGGAGCUCAACAACCCCAGCGGAGCUAUCAGGUCUCCUACGAUGGCUGGGGGGCUGUUCGCAAUGGACAGAGAAUAUUUCAACGAGCUCGGACAAUAUGACAGCGGCAUGGACAUCUGGGGAGGAGAGAACCUGGAGAUCUCAUUCAGGAUAUGGAUGUGUGGAGGUCAGCUCCUUAUUAUGCCCUGCUCGAGGGUGGGCCACAUUUUCCGUAAGCGUCGUCCGUACGGCUCACCCGGCCAGGACACCAUGGCACGGAAUUCCCUGCGUCUGGCCCAUGUCUGGAUGGACGAGUACAAGGAGCAGUACUUUGCCCUGCGUCCGGAGCUCAGGAGCCGCGAAUAUGGGGACAUUAGCGAUCGCGUGGCGUUGCGUGAGCGCCUGCAGUGUCACUCUUUUAAAUGGUACCUAGAUCACGUUUACCCAGAAAUGCAGCUGUCCUCACCUCAGAACAAACCACAGCCUCCUGUCUUCUUUAACCGUGGCGUUAAAAGGCCCAAAGUGCUGCAGCGUGGCCGGCUGCGUAAUCUGCUGGCCAAAAAGUGUUUGGUGGCUCAGGGGCGUCCCAGCCAGAAGGGCGGCGCUGUGGUGGUGAGAACCUGCGAUUCUCAGGACCCUGAACAGGAGUGGGCGUACGAUGAGGAGCACGAGCUGAUCCUGGCCGGGUUGCUGUGUUUGGACAUGUCAGAGAUCCGCUCAGCUGAUCCUCCUCGCCUCAUGAAGUGUCAUGGCUCGGGCGGCUCUCAGCAAUGGAGUCUUGGGAAAAACAGUCGUCUGUACCAGGUGUCUGUCGGUCAGUGUCUGGCUGUUCCCGACCCGCUCAGCCAUAAGGGAUACGUUGCCAUGGCGAUCUGCGACGGCUCUGAGGGCCAGCAGUGGCAGCUGGAGGGAUGAUGAAGCUCGGACUUGGCAGACACACACACACACUUUACCCUUUGCAGCCUCUCUAAGUGAACUAGCGGCUGAUAAAUUGUUGGGGGGAAAUGACCAAUAGGAACGCAGCGUGUAUUCCGUAUCGUCAGUAAACCUGACACGGGAUCUGCCAUCACGUUAUUAAUCACAUCUCCAGCUCAUAUAGUGAAUCUGUCGAGACGUGUUUAUUAUUUCUUUUUUUUUAUUUUUUUUUUUUUUUUCUAAAUAUUGUACGACUUCACCAGAAACUUUUUUUUGUUUGUUUUGUUUUUUUUGUUAGUUUUUUAUCUAUAAAUCAUUUUAUUCAGUUUGUCAAAAGCGUAACCCGUUUGCAGACACAGUUUCAGAAGUGUAACGUGUACUUUAUAUCCGUUUUAAUUACAGCGAACUCUUUUAUCUUACCGCAGUGCAGGUUUCUUCUUUUUUUUUUUAUGCUGUCGUUUGUAUAUAAAGUAAUAACGUUGGGAAAAAGAGAAUCGUAAUGUACAUUGGGGUUGUGCGAUAUGGAUUUUUUUCCCCUCUUGCUCACGGUUUACGAUCGCAAAACACACGUGAUGACCAGCUUUUUCCUCAGGUUCAGGAUUGUGUUCUAUAAUAAUAAUAAUAAUAAUAAUAAUAAUUAAUAAUAGCAGGCGUGCAGGUGAGUUUUGCACCAUUCUUGGAAAUUGUGUGGAUAUUUAUGCCUUUGAACAAAAGAAAUAAGUAUUAAAAUGAAGUGAACGGCUUUCUAAUGUUUAUUACUAUUAAAUCUCUUUGUAGAAUCUUUUUUUUCUAUAUAAAUGCACUUUUUUUCUCAUAUUUAUCUUAAAAUAGUCACAUUUAAAAGACACGGCAAUGGAUCGCAUUCGACGUUCAGCGUCUUUGAACAGUCUUUGUGUUCCUGUGAGGAAGUGAACGAUCCUGUGUAAGAUGGAGGAAAUUGGGAAGGAAGUGGGCGGAGCUUCCAGGUGACCUGUGUGUUUCAUCUCUCGUUUUAUUGUGGAAAGAAAAGAAAAAAGGUAUUUUUAAGUGAUUGCUUGUAACUUAAGAAGCUCCUACAUGUAAAAUCUGCCCUUUUUGACUGGAUAUGAUGGAAAAGUGAAGGAUUUAGGUAAAGAUGAUUUAAAUGGUUAUAUCGCACAAGCCUAACGAUAGACAAAGCUGGACAGAAGAUGAAGCUCAGGUGUGCAUCAAGAAGCAGGUAAAACACUAUUCAAUACACACAAGACUGAUUGGGAUUCCCUGUGCACACCGAGCGUGAAAUUAAGGUCGUAACAUCUGUAAAUAUUUUUAUUUUAUUUUAUUCUGCUGUGAAAGUUUGUGGCUUGAUUUUGAAAUAUGAAGUGUUUUCAUAUCAACUGUUCUCUUUUGUAAAUGACAGAACCAAUAAAGACAUUGCAAAUAUA